CGAGUCUCUACCUGCUUCUAUGACCUUGGCUCGCUGCCUUCUCAAGUACCGAUCGAGUACAUUGCGCUGCCACCGGUUUCUCUCGGCUAUCGCCCACUGGCAAAACCAUGGCCCGAGCUCGGAGAAAGAGAGAGAGAGACUCGUUCGCAUUACGCAUUCGAGUACCGCAGACGACGACGACGAGCUCUCGCUAGGAACCACCCGAGGCCCUGGCUUUAGUGUUAACCGCCACUUUUUCUUCACGCUCUCCCCAUCCGAAGCUCUUGCCACCAUUCCUCCAAUUGACCAACUACAAAGUGCCGGACGGCAGAGGAGAGCAAGUCGAAUUGCGCCUGCGUCUCUAGCUUCACGAUUUCCGCGUCCAAAGACCUUGACGCUUCCUUAUGCAGUAGUCCGGUCCUCAAAGGGGACGAAACCUAUUUACCCAACGACACGCCGUCACACAACCGUCUUCACCGUCAAUAUGAACACCUCGGCCUCGCCUCUCGCAAGAAAUCUGCAGCGGAGCACGCGCAGUCUCUCAAAAUGUCGCUUCCGCCCUACAAGGCCCGCGCAGGCCGGCCUCGCCACCGCCUCCAGAACAAGUACCACAACCACUGCGAGAGCUGCCGCGACCACUUUACCCUCGGCACGGGGCUCCGCCGUAACCUUCUUCAGGCCGCUGGGUGCGCGCACAUUCACGACGAGCAGGACGCGGCGCAGCGACCAGGACGAAAAGUUCGACCCGGCAACCAUUGAGCGAGAGUCGGACGAGGUCGAUGUAGUCAUCGUCGGCGGCGGCCCCGCCGGACUCAGCGCCGCGAUCCGGCUAAAGCAGCUCGCCAACGAGGCCGGUAAUGAAGACUUCCGUGUCCUCCUUCUCGAAAAGGCUGGCGAGAUGGGCGCCCACAUCCUCUCGGGCGCCGUCAUCCAGCCCACCGCCAUUGACGAACUGAUCCCCGACUGGCUCUCCGAGGACAACCCGGACCGUUUCGAGUACGCUACUCCGGCCGGCGGUGACCGCAUGCGCUUCCUCACCAAGACGUCGGCAAUCCCGCUCCCGACCCCGCCGCAAAUGCACAACGAGGGCAACUACAUCGUCUCGUUGAACCAAUUUACUAAGUGGCUCGGCGACCGCGCCGAGGAGCUCGGCGUCGAGGUGUACCCGGGCUUCGCCGCCUCCGAGGUACUUUACAACGAGGUCGAUGGCAGCGUCAAGGGUGUCGCGACGAACGACCUCGGCCUCGGUCGCGACGGCAAGCCCAAGGACUCGUUCGAGCGCGGCAUGGCGUUUCACGCACGCUGCACGCUUUUCGCCGAAGGGUGCCACGGCAGCCUGAGCAAGCAGGUCAUCAAGAAGUUCGACCUGCGCCGCGACAGCCAGCACCAGACGUAUGCGCUCGGUAUUAAGGAGGUGUGGGAGGUGCAGCCCGAAAAGUUCCAAAAGGGCUCCAUCACGCACUCCAUGGGCUACCCGCUCUCCAAGGACCUCUACGGCGGCGGCUGGAUGUACCAUUUUGGCGACAACCUCGUCAGCAUCGGCUUGGUCGUCGCCCUCGACUACGAGAACCCGUGGGUCUCGCCCUACGGCGAGUUCCAGAAGAUGAAGCAUCACCCCAUGUACAAGGAGGUCCUCGAGGGCGGCAAGUGCCUGACGUACGGUGCGCGAGCGCUCAUCGAGGGAGGCUUCCAGUCGAUCCCAAAGUGCGCCUUCCCCGGCGGCGCGCUCAUCGGUGACUCGGCCGGCUUCGUCAACCUGCCCAAGAUUAAGGGCACGCACAACGCCAUGAAGUCGGGCAUGCUCGCCGCCGAGGCCGCCUUCACGGCGCUGUCGUCCGAGAGCGCCGGCGAGCAGGGCACCGUGUUCCUGUACGACUACGAGGACAAGCUCCGGGAGUCGCCCAUCUGGAAGGAGCUGAAGGAGGUGCGCAAUUUCCGCCCCUCGUUCCACACCCCGCUGGGUCUGUACGGCGGCAUCGCCUACUCCGGGCUCGAGGCGUAUGUACUCAAGGGCCGCGUCCCCUGGACGCUAAAGCACAAGACACCGGACCACGCGGCCACGAAGCCCGCCGACCAGUACCCCAAGAUCGAGUACGAAAAACCCGACGGCAAGAUCUCGUUCGACAUCCUCACGAGCGUCAGCCGCACGGGCACGAACCACGAGGAGGACCAGCCGGUGCACCUGCAAGUCAAGGACUGGGAGAAGCAUGCGGCCGAGACAUGGCCCAAGUUCAAGGGCCUCGAGAACCGCUUCUGCCCGGCGGGCGUGUACGAGUACGUCGAGGACGACACCAAGGACCUCGGUGUGCGGUUCCAGAUAAACGCACAGAACUGCAUCCACUGCAAGACGUGCGACAUCAAGGCGCCGCACCAGGACAUCAACUGGCAGGUGCCCCAGGGCGGCGAGGGUCCCAAGUACUACAUGUCAUGAGUCGGGCCUCUCUUUAUCUCACACCUCUCUGGCAAACGUACCUGACCACAGACGCAAUCAACAUCAGAGGAGAAUGACUAGUUGAAGGGGAUGGGAUCGGCAAUAUAAAAGGGAAGAAGGGAUCAUUAAUCCUUCUGCAAUCUGUCUGCAAUCAGCGUCGAGGGUUGGCGGUUUGGUCGCCAGACCAUCGAGACAGAAGAACAGACCACCGGCCCCAUGAAAGAUUUAUACGAUAUGUCAAGAGGAGGGAGAGAGUAUUGUAGGUAUAGAACGCGUCAAGACAAGUCGAUGACAAGGGAGAUUUUGUAUGCUCGGAACACACAGAGCACCCUCCGCUGCCAAACCAAUAUCCCAACGUUUGCCAUACUUUCCUCUCUUCGGGGUAAGCACGUGGGCGCGUACUG